AGGCCUCCUCUUGUGAAGAGUUUGCUCCCCCACCCGUUCGCGAAAGGUGCUAUUACUUCUCAAUCCUCAGCGGCUAUUCAGACUUACUUGAAUCUGCCUUAUCGAUACUAACGACGCACCACUGAACUCUUGACUACAUUUCUGGACUUCUGUCGGAAAUAUAUUUAUCCUACGCAAAACUACUCAAAAGAGGUUGGCUUCACACAUUGCUAAACCCUCCACAUAAUGCUUUUACGUAGGACCAACCUAUAAUUUGAUUGAUUAAGCGAAAAUCAGGAGAUUAGACAGAUUAUCGCAUAGUAUUGAACAAUAUCGAUCCCUUCUCCCACGACCUCCUAUUACUCAUUUUCCUUUUUCGAGGUGCAUGUUUUCACUCGUAUUUCGUUCGUGUGUCGUUCGUGCUUUUUACAUACGCUAAAGAAUAAGCAGCAUAAAUUAUUAUUUUAUUCAUUUUGUCCACCUAGUACUUCUACUUGAGGGCAAUGAUGACGAACUCGGCGUCUGAUUCCUCUCCUGCGCCUGGGUGGGACACCGGGGCUUCCACCGACACCAGCACAACUUGCGAUGGCGAACAGCAAAGCCAGAUGAACAAUAACCGAAACAACAUGCACCAGCGAAGAGCAGGACCACAGGAGUCUACGCCAAUGCACAGCGCCGCUUCGAGCAAGAAAUCUCGGCAGAAUACCAAGACCAGCGUGAUGUCAAGUGCGAAUCUGGAUGUGCUGUCGCUCAGUUCCGGAUCUUACAAAUCCAACCAUUCUACGAAGGAUUCCGCUCUUCCGGAUACAUCUGAUGACAAGACAUUGAAGCAAAGAGGUGGGUCUGCCGGCAAUUAUGGAGGCGCAAGCCACGCAAUGAAUUUGUCGACCGCAUCAACAAGAACUGGCACUUCCAUGUCAGCAGUCUCAUCGAAAACCACCUUGUGUCAGAGCACGACUCACACCAGCGUUAGUAAAACGCCGAGCGCGAACGAAGCCGAGGAGAGGUUAGUCCAAAACAGCAAGAGCAGCACGCUUGGCUCGUCAGCUGCUACUCUGUUCACUCGGAAUACUAAACAAAGUUCGGCAGAUGCAGGUGCGGAGAAUUACAAAGCAGAGGCUUCUUCCGACGCUGCGGCACCUUUGCUUGCUUCCCGCCCUCUGGCUGAGCUCGAAGGCGAGACGAACCAAUUGACGACAGAGAGCGACAACCAGUCCGAAGCUACCCAGUCGAAGCGGCAAUCGAAAGCCACAAACCAAGAGGGAGGAAAGCAGGCGCCAAGAUUUCCGGUAUGGUUCACCAUGGGAGUUGUUUUCGCUCUCAUCGCUUUCCUCUACGGCACUUACUUCUGGUUGCACACUGCCAAAAUCUGGGACGCAAGCCUACCCGGUGAUAAAGUACAUUUUCCAGCAUCUCGUGAAACUGUCGCUAAGUUUAUCAGGAUAUCGCAUUGACAAUUGUUGUGCCAGUGGGGAAAAAUCUAAACUUCUUGGAUUUUGUCCUAAGCGCAUUUCGUUAAACGAUGCACAGUAGCGAAACCAUAGAGAAAGUGGGAACUUUUCUGACAGCACCAUCAAUGACAACUAAGAUUUUACUUUUGCUUUCCCCAACACUGCAGACCACUAUCAAAGUGCACACUGUUUUCGUAAAUGUGCUUGUUGCAUUCUUGCUGAGCCAUUAUUUUAUCGCGCACUGCACGAGAGCGGGAUCGAUUCCGAAGAACUUCAUAUGGAUUGAGGGCACUGCCUCGCAUUGCCUCGAGACAAAAACGGACGGAGAAAAGAGGUGCUUUUUCAUGCGUCUUUGAUUAGCCAAUAGUUAUGAAUGUUCAGUUGUAGUUUUAUGGAGCAAAAAGGUGUGCUUGAAAAUAGUAUUCGUGGGUCAUUUUAUUUCAUGAUUUACCUUGAUGUACGAAACUAUCCUUCUAACGAGCGAUAUGUUCCGAGUAAUUCCUAAUGUUCACAACUCAAUGCGAUCGCUUUUCAACUACUACUUACGAAUAUUAGGUUUUGCCGGUGGUGCAACUUGUAUAAGCCGGACCGAUCGCAUCACUGCAGACUAUGCGGGGAGUGUGUAUUGCGAAUGGACCACCACUGCCCAUGGCUUGGAAACUGUGUUGGCUUCCACAACCACAAAUACUUUAUCAACACUGGUACUAUUUAUAGUUUCCUAGAGGAGUUAAAUUUUUUUUUAUCUAAGGUUCACGACCUGAUUAUAUUUUCCUACUUCUUGCUGAUGCAGCUGGGUAGUACUAUCAAUCUGUGCUUUCCGCUGUACUAUCUUUGCUCUUGAAACAUGUAGAAGCAGCUUCCACUUGGGAAGAUGCAUGUUACCCUAUACUUGUACUCUCUUCUCUUCUAGUACUAAGUAAGUAACCAUGUUGAUUUUGGUCUGAAUACAAUAUAUUAUAGUAUUUCUUUUUCAUCAUUUUUGUCCUCGUCAUACUCAGUGAUCUUUGGUUUGGCGUCAAGCGCAGUAAUGCUGGGAACGAUGGUGCCUACGACUAUUCGGCAUUUCAAGCUGAUGCAAAACGCACGCGCCGCUCACGCUGCGGCAGGCGGUCCUGGAGUGCUGGACCCAAAUUUGCCAGCGUAUGUGAACGACGAGGUCACGGCAACAGUCUAUUUUAGCGUCUGCAUCAUCGUGCAAACCCUGCAGGCCGGCGUGACAAUUUUGCUCGCCAUUUUUUUGACUUUUCACAUGUACUUGAUGUGCAAGGGAAUGACAACGAUCGAAUUCUGCGAGCGAAGAAGAACCGACACCUAUCCGUCUUACAGCGCUGGAUGCUGGGGAAACUGGACGGCUGUAUUCGGCGAAAACCCGAUCCUGUCGUGCAUGCCAUGUCCUUGUGCGCCGUGCGCAGCUCCGAAGGGAGACGGCACGCGUUUCAAGGGCCGCAUCGUCGGUCCCGCGGUAGUCGAGGGUCACGUUGUCGACGGAGCGGGAAGUGAAACCGACGAGAACGACACCUUGAUGUACUCCUAG